UUCUUUAUUUUUAAUUUUUUUUUAGUAACUACUUCUUUAACUUAAAAAAAAAGAACAUUGUAGACAGGACUGGAAGUGUUGCACAAGCCAUGUCUGAAAGUAUCGUCAGGAAAGUUCAACCUUUUACCAUCGGGACCAAACUUUCGGUCCCGGCGGUGCCCAAAGGCACAGAAUUUGCUGACACUUUUUUGCCAAGCUCUUCUUUGGAUAACUGUAAAAUGCAGCACAACUUGAACGAUCAGGUCUCCCUGUACCUGGGCCACUCUUCAACCCAUCCAAGUGACUCACACUUUUCGCCCGUGGCCGCUCGGAUGCAUCUAGCUGAGAGGUGUCAGGAGGAGAAGGCUGAGGAGGACCACCUGAACAGAAACGCUGUCUCCCCAACAGCAUCCUCCCGCUCCAUCAAAAAGAUCACCAUCUCUAGCUGGACGGAGAAAACAGGGAUCAAGGUGGACUCAGUGGCACACUGCCCAAAGGUCAUGGUAGACAAACCAGAGAACUCAAACAACAAUAACAAUGCAGCCAUCACUCUGCCCAGGAUUGUUGGAGUGAGCUGUGAGAGUAAACCCAACUCCCAGUUUAAGGUUUUACUCAGGAAAGAGAACGAAGAAGAGCGUCAAAACACACACAGCAGCCAUGGGACAGCUGGAUUUUUAAGGCCGACAGUGCUCAAAGACUUCCCCAGUUAUCUGCCUACUGAAUCGAGGGCCCCAUUUUUGAGAAGGGAUGUACCAAAAAAGGAGAGCACAGUUCCUGGAAAUGUGGAGAAGCACAAACAGCAGGGUGACUACAGCCUAACACAGCGCAUAGCACAGUUUAACAGAGAAAUACUGCAGGCUGAGACAUGGAUUAAAGGGAAGCUGCAGGAUUUGAAAGAUGGAUGUAGCAUUCAGCGGUGCCCCCUGAAGGACUGGGAACAGGUAUCACACACCUUACAAAGAGACCUCAAAGACUUCGAGAACACCAUGAUACAGCUCAACCAGAUGGGAGAGCAACUUAUCUGCAAACAGAACCCCACUUCUGACACAGUGAGGAAGCAACUCAGCCAACUCAAGGACCAAUGGCAAACGUUAAAACAAACUGCUGCCAAUCAGUCGAAAGCACUGGGCGGAGCCAGGAAUCUUCAAGAAUUCAAUAGAAAAGUUGAUAAGCUGGAAUCGUGGCUCAAAGGAAUGGUAUCUGAAGAAGAAAAGCAGUCGCUUGUGGUGCUGCUGGAGGAGAAGAUUGACAAAAUUCAGCUCACGAGAAGAAUACUGGAUUUGAAACAGGAUGAACAGCAGUACCGGAUCCUCCAUGAUGAGAUUGACAGCCUGGCUCUCAGAUUGGAGAAACAGGGAAAGAAUGAAGGGAAGAAUAUCUCCUCUAGAAGAAAGCACAUCAAUAAAAUGUGGUUAAAAACCCAAACCCACCUCAAAGAUUAUCAUGAAAAGCUUCAGCUGGCUUUAGAGGCUUCUUCCUUUAGCCAACAGGCAGACAACAUCAUCAGAGCUACUAAUAACAAGAGGAAGAGUGUCUGUGGUGCAAAUGGACAAGAAAACAGUGGGGACAGAGAGAUGAGGGACAUUGCUAGUCAGAUUAUGAUGUUGGAUGUGACUGUUUCUCAGCUGUCAAACCUCCACCCGACCCUGGCAGAAAGAGUUACUCAGAAGCAGAGCGAGGUGAAGAACAGCUGGGCUCUCCUCCAGCAGGCUGUCAGGAACGAGAAGUCAGGUCUCCAGUCACCAUGCUCAGAUUUCACAAGGGAAGAUGGCGACCCCGUGACCUCUACCCGGGAACCACAGUGCAGCGUGGGAAAAGAAGUGCAAAGGAUCAUGGGAAAAGAGGUUAAAGAAGAACAGAACAGGCUUAAAGAAUGUGUGACUGCGAGAGAGCCUGGAAGCAACAGGACGUUAGCUGAGAGCCAAGAUGAGAAACAGCGGUCAAAGAGCAGCCCCUUUCCAGGAACAGGAAACAGCCCUUGUGAGACAGAUGAUGUCAUUGGCAGGCGCCAGACAGAGGGGGAAAGCAGGAGGAAAAAGCCUGAAGCAAAAGCCAGUUUGCAUAGAUACCCACAACUGCAGGUCCAGUUGCAGAAGUUCACUGUUUCGGCAAACAAGACCCUGUCGUGGCUAAAGGACAAUGUUGCCAUGGCCACUCAGGUCUGCUGUGCAGAGAACUACCAGAGCCUUGAGGCAGCAAAGAGGUGCCAGGCAGCCCUGGAAGAUGAAAUCUUAUCAAACCGGACCAGGAUUGAAGUAGUCAAGAAGGAGGGAAGGAGUCUGGUUCGAGCCCAGCAUCCAGGAAGUGCUAAGAUUGAAGAGUUUCUGAGGCAGUUGGAAGUACUGUGGGAAGAGCUGAAGAAGAGGCACCAGAAGAACGAUGAUGUUCUCCGGGAGUUGGAGAAGACAAACCUACAGGCGAUGACAGUUCUGAAGGACUUGCAUGACUUGGGGGAAUGGCUGAAAACAGUGGAGUCGUCCAUCUCGCUGUGCCCGCUGAGCGGAGACCCAGAGUCGAUGAACGCAGCCGAGAGAGAGAGCAGUCUGUUAGAAAACAAGGUCGCUUCCCGCGGGGUGGAGCUCCGGGCACUGCGACAGGAAGUGGAGAAGCUGAGGAGCAGGAUGCACUUCCACAAAGAGGAACUUCCAUCCAAAAGGGGGGAGGUAGAGGAAAAGUACCACUGUGUGCAGAAUAUGCUGAAGCAGCAGACCUCCGAACUGCAGGACACACGCAUGCUGACAGAGUUCCUCGAGAAGGUGGAGAUGGAAGAGAACCAGGUCAAGAAGAGGAUAAGUCUCAUGAGCAGCAUUGGGCAGCCCCUUCACAGUGAGCUGGGCUGUCAUGGGUCUUCCCUGCUGGUCCUGGCCGACGCAGGGCAGCAGCUGAUCGACAGUGGGCGCUUCGACUCAGAUGACAUCGCUGACCCCCUGGAAGAGCUCCGGGAGGCUGUGGAGAUGCUGAACGACACCGUGCGGGAGCGGGGCAGGUCUCUGACUGAAGACCAUAGAUUGGAAGAGCAGCUCAGGCAGUUCAGAGACACGCAUUCAAAUAUCAAAGCUAGGAUUAGCCAGAUUCUGUCCCAGAGUGCGGAGCUAAGCGCUGAGAUCCUCGAGAUGGAGACUGACAUGACUGUGAAAUGUGAACCUGACUUGUGCAGACUGGAGAAUUUAAACAUCCAACAGGAAGACAUGGAGAUUGACUUUGAAGUCAUCAAAGAGGAGGUGGAUGAGAUGGAAAAGCAAGCUGCUCACUUACAGGUUUUAUACCCAGAGAGGGUGCAGAUCCUUGGGGAAGAGGUUCAAGAAACACUGCAGGCCUGGGAAGAGAUGGGCAAGUGCAUUGCAGAGAACAGUGGUAGGCUUUCCCAGGCCCUGCAGCUGCAGGAUUUCUUCAGAAAUUACCUGGCGAUGAUCUCAUGGACGGAGGACACUCGAACCUGUAUCUUCUCUGAGAGUCCAGUGAACCCUGGGCAAGAGGGACGGCUACCAGAGACAGAGGAGCUGGAUACUAAGAUCGAGCAGAAGUUUCAGGAGUUUGAAGAACUGGCAGCAGCUGGACAGAAGUUAAUAGAUGAAGAACACCAUUUAACAGAAAUAAUCAAGGAGAGAACGGAGGAGCUGAGGAGCAUGCUGGGAUGGAUCCUAGUUCGCUGGAGGGCACAGAAGCACCAGCGUAGUCGUGGGAAGACGAAAGCAGAGCCAAAGGGAGAUGUGAUCUAUUCGGAGGCUACAGUGUGCACGCCUCAGUCAGUUCAGGGUUUCUCCCCUUGUCUGGAAGAACAGUAUGUUUUUCAGGAGCAAUCCACUGGCUGCCUGGUCGGGUCCUGCACAGAUAGACUACACCCCCAAAAGCCACGCCACAGUUCUCAGUCUGAGGGGGGCUAUGAAGAAAUGGCCUCGAUUCACCCCAAGAGCAGUGAACUCAACUCAUCAGGGGGCUCACUGGAGGGAUUGCUGGUUCUGGAGUCCCCAGAGUCACCCCUGCUGGUGCUCAAAGAGCCGAGCGCCCCCUCACUCGGGGGUACAGUGAACCUCAUCCUCAGCUUUUCAAAAAAGAGGGAUAGCAAGCUGCAACUCCAGGACCCCAUGGAUGAAUCAGAGACCCAGGAGCCUAUUCACAGGCCCUCUGAGUCUAUAUCCUCUGGCUGUAAAAACUUUUGGAGGCGCUGCCAGGGCCUUUUGGAAAAUACUUUUGGUAGUUUAAAGAGAAAGAAAAAGAUUUGUCUGCAAAAUGCUGAGGAGGUAAGUACCUAUUUGCAUAUUAAGGACAACAAAAAAUCAAUAUCGUCUGUUGUUGAGAGUGUCACCCUGCCCCGUCUCAAUAGUAAGGGACAGCCCAAAGACCCUCCUCUGUCAGAGGCCAGCACCGUGUCCUUUCACACCUUGCCAAAAACCAGCUCCAGCUCCAUCUUCAACAGCUUGAAGAAGAGAAGCAAGAAGAAGCGAGACGUGCGCAGGCACACCAUUCAGAAGAUAAUGGGUGUGGACCUUUCCGAAGGUGGGGCUGGUGAGGUUACAUCAAACACAAACACGUGGCCUCUGAAGGAGAGAGUAAAGGAUCCCAGAAUCCCGUGUCCUGCCAGUGGAGAGCUUCUGGACUAUGUCAAAAACCCAUUGGUUAAAGACAUUGAUGCAGAGUGCACUGUCAUCCGAUCCUUUUCAGAUUUCAGUCAGCCAGGUGGAAGGGAAUGCUCUGCUAAAGGUGGAAGCACGUUGGCUGCCAAUAACAAUUGCAAGCGUCUUUGUCUGGGCUCUGUCUUGAGUUUUGAGCUACCUAAGGACAUGAACCUCAUUGGUAACAUUCCAGAUCUUAUCAAAAUCCAGCCUCCUGACACAAAGACAGCUGACAGCCUCACUAUCAAUUCACUCUCUUCCUUUUGCAAGUCAGCCAAGGGGAAUACAGAGGCGGCGAAGGAUCUGAUAGAGGCCAAAGGCUGUUCGGGCUUAAGCACUACCAUAAAACCAAGAGUCUAUGAAGAGAUUUCAAACCAGAUUCCUACAGGGGCACAGGGCCAGAAGAAUGGGGGUCACUGGUCCAAGCUGCGUAACCCAGAAACAGAUUCAAGUCUGUGCCAGUCUGCACUACCAACCACAGAGAAUACUCAAAACAAGGGUCAAGACAGUCCCAGAGAUGACAUAUUUGACUUAAAGUUAAAUCGUCUCUCCCGAAUCAGUAUUCUUCAUGAGGAGGUUGGCCACGAGUGGGACAAGCUGGCUGACACUUUGAAUUCUACUUGUAGACUAAGCAGCCAAGUAGAUGCUGUUGAUGAAGAAAGACAACACAGUACGACAGCAGCCAAUGGAUACUCACAAUCCAGUUCUGAGUUAUUUCAGAUGGGAAGGAGCACAUAUUGCGAACUGAGCAACAAUGAACACAAACGGGAUAAAAAGAAAGGAAGAUUUAAAGAAGUCUCUGGUUUUAAAAGUCCCCGAGCAGCCUCCAGCGAGACCAAAGCCCAAAAGACUCCCCACAGUGGAAGAGAAGUGUUGAGUGACUCCGUUCUUUGUAACAAUGUAAAUGUUAAAACCUGCUCGGAGGAACAGCCUGCAUCUGUAGCAAUUGGAGUCAACAGAAGCACAUUUAAACAAGACAAGGAAACCAAGACCAACAAGAGAGACAGAACCAGCAGCGAGCUUGGAGCAGCAGCAGUGGAGGUCAUCCACCCAGACCACCAGCAGUUUGAGGAAGAAGAAGAGGAACUAGAAGAUAUCUGGAACAAAAGUGUUCGUUACAGACAGAGCAUCUGCUCUGAUAUCAUGCAUCAGACCUACAAUCAGGGACUGGACAGCACCUCCCCUGCGCAGCAAGAGACAGCAGCCACUCCAUGUCAAGACGUCACAUACAGAAAGCUGGUCACGGCCUCUUCCCCCAAGUUGCUGGUCGCUGAAUUUAGGCUACCAGCCUCUAUACAGAACCUCUUGGGCUAUUGUAAAGAGCCAGACACUGGGGAGAAGAGCCCAACCAGUGACCACAGGAGGUCCUGGGCUGCCAUCUCUCAUAAAGAACAGGCUAGCCGACAGAUAGAUCUGAUUAACGAGACAGCCCCUGAUCAGAUGGAGCUACCUAACAUAGCGGAUCAGAAAAAGUAUAUCUACAAGUAUAGAGAGGAGGAGAAAGAGGAGGACACAGGUAGUGUGAAGGACCAGUCUGUGAGCCUCCUGUCAGUUCACAUGGGCAUGGAGGAUAAUGGAAAGCAGCCUGUUUACUCUGAGGGCAUGGACUCUGACUGUGCUGAGCAGGGACACACAGUCAACACAAGGGGGCACUGUAGCAUCACGAAUGGAAACAAGGCAGAGUUUGAGUCAAUGGAGGGAACGCUGGAGAGGAAGCACAAGCUGCAGCUGGGAGGGAAAAGGGCAUCUUGCAGAACCUGGAACCCUUACCAUGCAGUACUGUUCAAGCAAAGCCUGUGCUUUUACCAGGACAGAAAAGACAUGCUCCAGCAGAGUUCUAUAGCUGGCGUUCCCCUCAACCUCACUGGAGCUGUUUGCAGUCCAGCACCAGAUUACACCAAAAAAAUGCACUGUUUCAGACUCCAGCUGCGGGAUGGCUCUGAAUAUCUGUUGAGCGCUCCUUCAGGAUUCCUAAUGAAUAAAUGGAUCCUGAAAAUCAAAGCAAAUACAGGUCUGAGUGAUCUGGACCCUGCCAGGUCAAUAUCAGCAUGCCCCAUGCCAGUCACACUAUGUUCCCAAUCUGCUGUUUGCUGGGGCGCCUCCACUUCCCCUUCCUCAGGGCACCAUCAGUCAACCCAGGCAAAGACUAAAGAAAUCACAGUCCUGACCAGAGAAAACACAAGAUUUCCAAACUGGCACCGUGUGCAUUCAGAGGACCUGGUGACUUCUCUUUCUUCAGACGCUGGUCAUCGUGAAGAGUACUACGGCUCGCUGCAACAGUCCACGAGGAAGAAGCUCUCUCAGAGGAACAGGGACGCCUCCGAGAUUCCACAGGGUUUUGUGUACACAGGCCGAGACCAGGAGCCGGUGCUGAGCAAGCGCCGCUCCCUGUCCUUUACGUCAGCUGCAUACCAGAAAAUAACUCCCAUCUCCAAGCCCUUGGGUGGGUCUGAAGUUGGACCCAGUUACUCCAUCACCGUGUUCAUUGGAGAGCAGUUAGGAGAAGCUGAGCCCGUCUCAAACAGUCUGGAUUCUACACUACACAGAGAGCCGCAGCUCAUUGGCUGGCACCCUGAAAUUCUCCUGGACAAACCUGGAGAAAGGAACUACGGGAGUCUCCCCAGACCGAGAAACAAAUCCGUCUUCCAGAAGUUCUUUGGAAAGAAGGAAUAAAUUCAAGAGAUUUAUCACUUCUGCCAGGAUGUGGGGGAAAAAAAUGUAAAGUCAUGACCUUUUUUUUUUUCUUAAGUUUUUUAACCAAUGUGUAGAGCGCAUUCUUUUUUUCUUGUUUUUUAACUAGUAGGUAAUGUGUAGAGCGCAUUCUUUUUUUUUUUUUUAAUCUAUUUAAAAGUUUACGUAACAAGAAAUUAACACACCUUGAAGAAAAUUGAGGGACUGAGUAAUUCAUUAGCUGUUCACUGUUAAUCAUUUACACACGGUCGAUAUUAAAUCACAAUAAUGACACCACUAUUAAAAAUGAUUCCUACAGCAUACGUGAAGGUAUUUCAGGUCAAAGGCACCACUUUAUCACUAUCCUCUGACUAUCUAGUGGGCCCAAAAUCGCUCAAAUGAAAUGGGUUGUUGUGCGUCUUCACUUUCAGUAAUAUAUGUCAGAAAAUAAGAUGUUAUCUUUUCUAUUUCAAAAGCAUGACAUCCUGUAGCAGGUAUAUACACAUGCAAAGCAUAAUUUAAGUAAAUUGCUAUUAAGAAAUCACUGCAGACCCUUAUUUUCUGGCAGCUAAGCUCAGCAAAUGCAUUUUCAAUGUAUCGUUCACUUCUGUGCUCAGUUGCGAUGCUUAAGUAUGAAUGAAGUCCAACAGCAACAAGUCACAAUUAAUUGCAGUAAUAAAGCCUAAACCAAAUAUGUUCUAAGAAAAAUAGCCAAUAUUUGAACCAAUAGCUCUCCCAACAAUUCCUAAUCAUUGUGUGUGUUGUUAGUUUUCUGUUUGUGAGUUCAUGUUUUGCCAUUACACAAGUACAAAUACACACAAUAAAUCAAUUUGAAUUAGAACAUACAUUCCUGUAUUCCAGAACAAAAAAACAUCUCUUUAAAACAAAACACUCAUUUGAAAUCUUCAGCUAACAUAUUUUCUGGAUACUGGUUUUCACACUAACACAACUCUGUACCCUUUUGUUUGUUUAUGUUGUGUUUGGUUGCUUAGUAUCAGGGUGUUUUUAAAGACCACUCUGCUCCAGUGUUAGUUUUUACUGUGCACUGUUGGCUCUAAUUUGCACUCCUUUCCUCUCUUGAGGUCUCCUGUAUGCUUGUUAUUUAAAAAGAAACUUGAAACAUGCUGUGUUAUGAAACCCUGUACACUGUGGUAGGAAUGGAUUUGAGAGGGAAAGGUUAUGGGAAAUUGUGCUUAUCGUGCAGUAAUACAAAUAAAGUUGUGAGGAAUGUCAAUACCAUUAUUAUGUCAUGUUUAUUGUUUAGUUAACUGCAUGAUUCUAGUAAUAUGAUUCCCUUUCCCUCUAACAUUGUUUAAUAUGGAGCAUGCUGUAGUUCUAAGGGCGAGUUAUAUGAAUUAUAUUGGCUAACCAAUAUUCUAAACUAAGCCCACCAUUCCAAACAGACCCCCCCUCCCCACUGUCUCCUUGUUUGUGUAUGUCCCUUGGUUGAUGGUCCUCAGAUUGUCGAAGGUCAUACCUCAGUUAAGGGGGACUCCUGGUGGACCGCAGGACGAGAUCCUGGGUCUGACCAUUCUAGUCCAGCACAUGCAUCAAGCUGUGACUCCACCUUUCAAUUAAAGAGCAAUGCCACUAGCAGUCCAUUUACACCACAUCAACUUCAAACUUAAAUAUCACACCGAAUAAACAAGAUAGAGCACACUUUUCAAGUAACGUAUUUCAGUAAUAAUACAAAGCAAUUGUACACUGUUAAGUUUUGUAUAUGACUUUACUUUGUGGCACAUUUAAACUAUAUAGUAUAUAACAUUAUACUGUAUUUACUCUUUUGCAUUCAAUUUAGGUAUAGAUAAGGCACGCUGUUAUGAACACCAAUCUCAUCUACAUAGCUGCUCACUAAUACUAAAAUAUAUUAUUAUUGCAUGGUUACAAUAUGGCCUGUGGCGUUUCCUUUUAAACAAUCUACUGCUGUGCCCACAAUCUAUCAGUAGCUCUAAAUCCAUAGUAUUUGGAGAACCCAAUAGGCUAGUGGAGAUUUGAAUGUAUGGUAUAUAUUAUUAACAUGCCUUGUGUAUAGCCAGAUGGACUACUUUAUUUUGUUGUUGGGGUUUUUUUUUUUUUUUUUUUUUUUUUUUUUUACUGUAUGCAAGUUGAUAAAAUAAGUAUCUACUGUACCCUCAAUACUUUUAUUUAAGAAAUACUGCAGCCUUGGAUUUUGAUUUAUUCAAUUUGUAAUAGAUGAGCUUUUAUAUUAAUGGUGUAAUGUAAAUAGCUUUUUUUAACUAGUACACCAGACACACUGACAAUCAAAAAUCACAUUUUUCAGAAUUUCUUCUUUUUCGGAGUUGGUUUACUCCUUCGAGCAGCGGUAUCAAUGUCUAGCUCGUGUUGAAUGUAAGGAAUGUGCUGCAGAAAAUCUGAACUUGAUUGUUUAUGUCCUUUCAGAGCUCCCCUUCAAAUAAACAUUUACUUUAAAACAGAACUUCCAGUAACUGAGCAAAAAAAUCAGAAACUGGAGUACAAAAAAAAAAAAAUAGUAGGUUCUUAUUUCAUAAGAAUAGGCUUCUACAGGCUUUCUCUCUUUUUGAAGCCUGUAGAACCUUGCCUGGAUCGCUGAGUUCUGUUAGUGGAGUAAAGUCUGAAACACCAUUAUCCAAACUACACCUGUAGUGAUAUCCAGAUUCCAGAUUGUGCUUCAUAAAAAUGCCAGCAGUUUGAAACUGCUUUUGUGUUACAAUUUGUACCAACUACAGUACCAAAAUCAUUUUGUAUUUAAUUGUAUCUUUUGUAUCUACUUCUGUUUAUGGACAUGUGGUUUUAAAAGAGUGCUGUGCAGAUCCUUUUAAUAAAUCAUUUUUUCUUUUUUUUAUUAA